UGGGCUCCACCGCCUCGAUCUCAUUAGGUCGCACAGACACGCGCUUGGUCGGAUUACUCUUCGUGUGGGGAUUAUGGACAGGAACAGGAGACAUGAUUUUGGACGUGCUUUAUGCGAUGUGGUUUUUUUACGCGUUACGGCGUAACGAUUUAGUUCAGCCUGAAAUAUCUUGACCUGUUUCCUUGCACCUGACUGCCUUCUCCGCAUCAUUUGGCAUCAUGGCUGACAUACCCCAACUGAUUAAAAUCGGCGUUUCGCUGAAGACCACUCCGAAUAGCGGACCAGUCUACUUCAAAUCGGACGGGACGAGAUUCGGUCAGACCCGAACCAUCAAAUUAUUGACGGGAACUAAAUAUAAGAUCCACGUGAUCGUUAAACCGGGAGCGGUUGAGGCGACAUCCAUGACUAUUGCCGGAGUGACUUCCCCUCUGGAGCAGCAGUCUAAAGACCCUCAGUCUGUAGUGUACACUGGGAUGUAUGACACUGAGGGAGUGACACACACCAAAAGCGGCGAGAGGCAACCUGUUCAGGUCAACAUACAGUUCACUCUGGCAGGGGUUUUCGAGACCGUCUGGCAGGUCAAGUUCUACAACUACAACAAGAGAGACCACUGCCAAUGGGGGAACAGCUUCAACAGCAUCGAGUACGAGUGUAAACCCAACGACACGCGCACCCUCAUGUGGAUCAAUAAAGAACUGUUUCUGUAAAAGAGUCUAUGGCUAACUGUGAGAGAAGACAAUCUCAUGAAGCUAAACACACUGUCGUUCUCAUUGAAAUAUGAACCAGCGGUUCCUGAUAGUGUAGGGAUGUAGCCUUUCCUGUUAGUGACGGUUUGUGAUGAAGUGCGAGUUUUGUUGGAUUUGUCUUGGUGCUGCUGGAAAAUCAAGGCAUUGUGUCUGAUGCAAAAUAGUUGCACGUUACCCUGUGUUGUCUCUUUUGCAGUUUUCCUUCCAGUUGUCUACCUCUGAAGAACCCAGUGAGGAUGAAGUUUACUUUUAUAUUUAUAGUUUACAGAUUUGAUAUAGAUUUCAUGUUAGAAUUGUUAGCAUACAGUUUGUUAAUCCAAGUAAAUGUAGCAUGUUUGCAGUAAAUUUGAUCUAUAUUCAUAUAUUUCUAGUGUGUCUUUUUAUGAGU